AUGUGCUGUCUGAACUACAUCAACGCAACCGUUCCACGCCUAUCAAGCCGCCAACAAGAACUGCCGCAAGCGAAAUCGGCCGAAGCGAUCGCGCUGAGGAGAAAGACGUCGACAGCAUUUCCGUUUUUAGAGUAUGCUGCUGCAUUUAUUCUAGAACAUGCCGACGACUCCGCUGCUGAGGGCAUCUCACAGCACGAGUUUGUUAUAAACUUUCCUAGGCGCAGCUGGAUCCACGUCAAUAACCUAUUCGAAAAGCACCAGAUACGGCGUUAUACAGAUGCCGCACCUCUCAUGUACAUCUAUGCUGACCGUGGGCUUCCAAGUCUGGUACAUGUUGCCGUUCAACAAGGAUUGCCAAUCAGUUCUCCGGAUGAGAGAUACUCUUGUUCCAUUACCGCGGCGCUACAGAGGGAUAAUCUGAGAGUCGUCAAGGCGUUUUUAUCUGCCGAAAAUGAUCAUCCUCAGCUGGAAGACCGGUUAAGAUCCUUGUUCAAACCCCGGAGACUUCCGCGGGGCGAUCCAUCCGUGCAAGUGCUGUCAUCACUCUUGAAAAACUGCAGAGUAGACAUCGUACGGGCUCUGCUGGAGGCCAGAGUGCUGGACGUGAACACAACGUUUGUCUCUGCAUUUCCAAUACACCACUCACUCCUGACUUAUGCGAUCGAAAACAAGAGCUUGGGCUGUGUUAAGAUGUUGCUCGACUAUGGGGCCGAUGUGAAUACGCCGCUCUUUGGUAAUUACUUAUCGCCUCUAUACCGUGCGACUGAAGGAAGAGACUUGCAGAUCAUCAACUGGCUUAUCGAUGCUGGAGCGGAUGUGAACCAUCUAAAUAGUGAUCCCUCGCCGAGUUUCGAUGAGACACCGCUUGAAGUGGCAAUUACGCACGGGAAUCAAGCAAUUAUCGAAGUUCUCUUAGCGGCAGGAGCCGACGUGGAAUUGACUUAUGGAUCUGAACCAAAGUACCCGCUGCUUGAUGCGGUUAGAAAAGAGCGAGAAAUACCAGUUGAACUGCUGCUUUCCGCAGGAGCGAACCCCAACGGCGUUGUCACAAACAACGACUCAAGGGAGGCCAUUCGGCAAGAGCUGCCUCUGCACGCUGCCAUUCUUCGAGACAACAGUAAGAUUGUUGGCUUGCUCUUGAAGCACGGGGCCGACCCAAAUGCUAUGUACCCUAAAGAGUAUAAGAGUAUUCCGCACUUUGAGUACAGUGACCCGAAGCUUGAACCGAAUGAUAAGGUUGCAAAACAUUCACCACUCUAUAUUGCCAUGGCAUGCUGCGGGAACGAGGUUCUGUCGUGCCUGGUCGACGCAGGAGCAACUCUGAACCCCUACGAUAGCAGCAACCCCAUGCAGGUUCAAUCGCUAGUUUUCUACGCGUUCAUGGAAGACAGAAUCGAAUUUAUCAAGUGGUUACUUCAGGCAGAUAUUUCAGGGUUUCGUCACAAGGCACUAUCGCCUCUCCACUCUGCAAUCAUUGAUAAUGAAAUCGGAGAUGUCGAAUCCAUACUCAGACUGAUAGGGGAUCUGACGUCGACAGUGGGCAAUGAAAAAUGGUUUCUUGCACUAGACGAUUCUACCUGGGGGAGCCCGCUUGCUCACGCCGCGAGACUUGGUCGCACGGAUAUAGUCAAGGCAUUGAUGCAACAUGGCGCGGGUGUGAAUGAUCCCUCUCCUGCCAAAACAAAUCCGCCACUAGCAGCAGCCAUUGAUGGAGUGUGUGUGCCGGAGACGCUCGAGUUGUUGGUUGAAUCUGGGGCACAGGUUGGCCUUACAUUGGGCAUCUGGAACUCAUUAUUCUCCAAGUUGCCAGACGCGCACGGGGCUGACAGGCCAUUGAUUGAGAAGGUACUAACCAAAGCAAGAGUUAGCGAACCAAUUCACGCACUAUUGAUCUCGGCAAUCAGUGACUGCAUGGUGCAGUGUCGCCAAGAACUGAUUAAACUGCUCGUGAAUAAGGGGGCUGAUAUUCAUGGCGUGGAUUCAUUUGGUCGGACAUGCCUUCACUGGGCGGCGCUGGUUGGUGAUGUCUGGACAACAGGGCUUUUGCUUGGGCUUGGGGCGCGUCAAGAUGUUCGCGACAAGCUGGGAAACACCGCCCUCUUGCUAGCAUACAGAGGGGUUAGUGAUGAUGAGGAAUCCGACCACAACCAGGCAAAUAUUAUAUCGCUUUUGUUGGAGCAUGGUGCUGAUACCUCUGUUGAGAAUCGCCUUGGGCAUCGAUGCCUUGAUCUUGUUCCCUCUGGGGCUGAGACUUGUCGUAGGUUACUCUCGGAGGCAACUACGUCGGCAGCCGAUCGAGUAUAUUAUGGAUUUGUGGAUGAUAUAUAG